CACCUGCGGCGUCUUGCGGUCCCACCCUACAGCGGGCGCCCUCCCAACUCGAAAGCGUAUUUGCAGUUCGAGCUCCUCGCCGGCGAAUCCUCGAGUUCGCUAACCUCCGCGGGCCACGCUGCAAUGUCGCCGGGUGCUCCGCAAGAGGAUGUCCCCGGGGAAGGCGAAUCGGCGCGUGACGAAGUGCUCCAGCCACAGCAAGAACGGGAAGAAGCGGGGGAGCAGGAAGAGGAUGACGGCGUCGAGGUGGAGGAGGAGGAGGAGGAGGAGGCCCCUACGCACCUUCCGUUCGCGCCCUCUUCCGAGCUGCUCGAUGAUGUGACGACAGUUGAUCCCAGCUACACCAUCUCUCUUAUUCGGCAGCUGUUACCCCAGGGUUCAAAUGUGGAGAAAGAGUUCAGUGCUAAGCAAGGUGCCCCAGAAGAGAAAGGUGAAAAUUCUGAUAAUGGGGAAUCAGCACAACUUGAGAAUAAGGAUCCAUGGGAAGAGUGUGGCUGCAUUCUGUGGGACCUUGCAGCUAGUAAACCUCAAGCAGAACUGAUGAUGAACAAUCUUGUACUUGAAGUGCUGUUGGCAAACCUCCAUGUAACUCAAUCUCCUAGAGUGAAGGAAAUUUGCAUUGGAAUCAUGGGGAACCUAGCUUGUCAUGAAUCUCUAGUUAAUGCAAUUAGCAUGCAAAAUGGUUUGAUUACUACGGUUGUGGAUCAGCUAUUCCUAGAUGACUCUGCUUGCCUUUCUGAAACAUUCAGGUUUUUAGCUGCUGUUCUUCGUAGCAGUGCAUCUAUUUCUUGGGCUGAAGCUCUUUUACCUGAUGAAAUUCUUUCACGUGUUCUUUGGAUCGUUGGAAACACACUGAAUUCUACAUUACUCGAGAAGAGCAUUGACUUUCUAUCAACUGUCAUUGAUAAUCAAGAUGUGACUUCCAUUCUUCUUCAGCCUUUGAUAAAAGUGGGGUUGACUGAUCAUGUUAUCAGUUUGUUAGCAAGUGAGAUCGAAAAAAUAUCAGAUUUGAGUAAAUUUGACAGGUCUGCUUCUCUUGAUUUGAUCCUUCAUUUUAUUGAAGAGUUAUCUGCAACAGACAGCUGUUUAGAAGUGAUGUCAUCAAGUGACCAGCUGAUUCAAGUGCUUGAUAAGAUAAUUAAGUUACCUGAUAAAUUUGAGGUUUCAAGCUAUUGUGCUUCUGCGGUGAUGAUACUAGCAAAUCUUCUAGCAGAUGGAAAACAUAUUGCGCCUAGUCUCUCUCAUGAUUUACCCUUCUUGGAGGGACUCUUUGACAUUCUUCCUCUAGUUUGUGAUGAUAACCAAGCCCGGAACGCACUCUGGUGUAUCUUAGCACGUUUGCUGGCACAAGCACAAGGAAUUGAUAUGAACUCUUCCUCUCUCAAGCAUUUUGUGUCAUUGCUGUUAGGCAAGUUCACCCUCAUCAAAGAUGACCUUGAGAGCCACAGAGUCGACAAAGAAGUGGAGUUGUCGGCUGAGGAUGCUUACUUUAAGCAUGGUGUAUCCACAUCUCUCAGCACAAUCUGUUGUAUCAUGGAGAGAUGGAUUGCAGAGAAGUCCUCCCUGAGCGAAGAAGAGGCUGCACCGCCUGAAAGUGCCAUUGAAAAUGCUAGAAAGCUGCUGAACUACUGCCAGAAUUACGAUAUGUAGCAUGCUUACUGCAACUCUAACAUUGCUGACCUGUGGCUCUGUAAGGUUGCAGUGCGCAGCUGCUUGAGCGUGGAAAGUUUUUUUGAGGUCCAAUAUCAUUGUAGUGGACAACGGUGAUAUAGAGUACUCGGUUGCUAAGCUAGUUUGUAACCUUAUAUUUCAAUUUGCAUUGAUAUAGCUUGUAGAAGAUGAUGUCCUGCAGUGACAAUCGAUGCUUAUGAUUUAGCAAAAA